AUGCCCGCCGUCGCCCGCGUCACCGCCGCUGGUAGCAAGCUCCCACUGCUCGGCAAACAGGGCGACUGGUUCAAGGUCAAGCUCCCCGCCGGUGAUGGUUGGCUCCCUGCCAAGGACGGCAAGCGCACAGGCGGCGAGGCCCCCGAGCCGAUCGAAGGCGUGCGAGAGGUCCUGGCGCAGUCCCCGAUCAUUGGCACCUGGCAACCGGCGACGAUGCUCACAGACAAGUCCACCAUCGACCUCGACCUGAAGGCCAACGACGAGACCUCGAUCAAGGACUACUACAUCUUCGUCUACAACCGCACCAACUCGACGGUGAACACGCGCAAGGUACGCUACCAACGCGUCGGGAAGCACGACCUGGAGUUGACCUCCAACGUGCCGCUGUUCGAAGGGAUGAACCGUAUCGCGAUUUAUGUGCGCGAUGGCGACGGCAUGACCUCGACGCGCUCGGCAUACGUCUUCCGCAAAAGACAUGGCACCAACCCGAAGCUUUCCGUCGGCGAUCAAGCGCCUGAUUUCGAACUCGAGAGCGAUGACAGCGGCACGAUCAAGCUCGCCGAUCUUCGCGGAAAGAAGGUCAUCCUCUACUUCUACCCCAAGGAUAUGACGCCUGGCUGCACCACGCAGGCGUGUGACUUCAGAGACAACCAGAGCGCCUUCGAGGACGCCGGCUACACCGUCCUCGGCGUCUCGCCGGACCCGGUCAAGCGGCACGCGAAGUUUCGCGAGAAGCACGACCUCAACUUCCCGCUGCUCGCGGACACGGACAACAGCGUCGCUGAUGCCUACGGCGUCUGGCGCGAGAAGAAGAACUUCGGCAAGACGUAUAUGGGGAUCGUGCGCUCGACGUUCUUUAUCGACGAAGAGGGCAAGCUCACGGACAUCCAGGACAACGUCCGCGCCAAGGGGCACGUCGAGCGCUUGAUCGAAGCGAUUUGA